CAACUCUGACGCCUUGAUUACGCCGAUAACAAUUAUGUAUUUUGGUACACCAUAAGUACAUUAAUUUCCAAUGGAACGCUGUGCUUGCAUUGCAGAAACAGUUGUAGUGCGUUCUGUGUGGUGCAUACGUUGGAUUUAUCGAUGCGUACAUGGCUUGACAGAAAUGGUAGCAGAAGGUGAACGCUGAACUUUUCUUGCACAGAUAUCCAGAUGAUGCUGCGUACCAUUUUGUGUAACGACACUAUCGAUAUGAUCAGGCAUGAACUCCGAACUAGGAAAUCUCCGACCUCCGACUUCAGUGCAUUCAAUAGAACUGGGAACUCGGGGAAAAAACGAGCUCAGACUGGGAAAAUCUUUGACAGUCAUCCAACUCUGAAUUUAAAGUCGGAAACUCGGGCAUCGUGGUGCUUUCAAGAAAACUGGGAACUCGCAAAAACACAAGGUCAAAUCCUGUGUUUUUGUCAGUGAUUUUUCAGGUCGGAAAGUCCGAACUGUAGAAAGAUGCCUGAGUUAGAAGACCAUCGGAGCUCGUUUAUUUCGAGAUCCCAGUUGUCUUGAACGCACUGAAGUCUAAAAGCCGGAUAUUUCCGAGUUUCGAGUCCCCAGUUGCUUUGAACGCGUCAUCCUAGUGUUACGACUUUUCCGACCUGAAGAUCACUGACGUCACGAUUUUUCCCAUUAUGAGCUCGUUUUUUCCGAGUUCCCAGUUGUCAUGAACGCACCCUCAAUUCCGUAUUCUUGCCACUAGUUUCAUACUAGCCUACGUAGUUGAUACCACCUAGAGAACGCAGUGUCACGGACAGCCAAUUCUUCUCAUUCGACCAGCUAUAAUAAAUCCUAAUGGAAAAGGUAGAGAUGUUACGAGUAAUCUGAGAUGGUCUUUAGAAGAAUGGCUUUCCCAGCCGAUGAGUACUGGCUGAGGAUGAUGAAGACGAAGAAGAUACAGGGGUCACCGCAGCAGUGUCAGGGGCUGCAGGGACCUCUGUGAUUGCUGACCUCAUCUCUGACCUCCCCAGCUCUGUAUUGGCUGACCAUGGCCACUCAGAGGACACCCCUGGUCAAAGACUUUAACCACUUCAUUACCUGCUACCUGUGCAGAGGUUACCUGAUCAAACCCACCACGGUCACUGAGUGCCUGCACACAUUUUGUAAGAGCUGUAUCAUCCAGCACUUUGAAGACAGUAAUGACUGUCCCAAAUGUGGCAUUCAAGUCCAUGAAACCAACCCUCUAGAGAUGCUAAGGUUGGACAAUACUCUUGAGGAAAUCAUUUUCAAGCUUGUACCUGGAUUACGAGACAAGGAACAGCAGGAGAUUGAUUUCUGGAGGAAGAAUAAAUCCAAAGAAAAUGGACAAGGAGACUGCCUUGGGUCUAGGCUUGGGCUCAGUGAUGAUGAGGAUGGUGAUGAAGAUGGUCAGGAUUAUCACAGGAGUGACCCCCAGAUAGCCAUCUGCCUGGACUGUCUCCACAACAAUGGACAUGCUGCAGACGACACAGUAAAGUGUUUAAUGAAGAAGUUCCUUCGCUGCUCUAGUCGAGUCACAGUGGGAACCAUCAAGAAGUUUCUCAGUCUAAAGUUAAAGCUUUCAAGCUCUUGUGAGCUGGAUGUGCUGUGUAACGGGGAGAUCAUGGGUAAGGACCACACCCUGGAGUUCAUCUACAUGACCCGCUGGAGGCUGCACGGUGACAACACAUAUCCCAUGGUCCUGGAGUACAGGCCACGAAUAGACUUUGGCUGAACAAAGCCCUUGAGAAGCCUUCAUCGACAAAUAAAAGCAAUGACUGGAUGUGCAUCAAACUGAGGCCAGGGAUUCAAAUCCUUCCCAACAUUUUGAACUUCUGUUUAAUAUUGUUGUGUCCUUCGUUGUUGAACAUUCCGUGCUUGUGGCCAAAGUGAUCUUCAAGACGAGUAACUAGCGAGACAAGCUUAGCUGAAACAUAGAUGUAUGAAUGUAUCCAAAUGGUAUUUAUUAGCCAGGUACUCUGGUAACCCAGCCAAUGACAAGGAUUGACCUGCAUCUACAUGAUGAAUACAAGUUGGUGUGUACAGAAAAUGAAAUGGAAAGAGUAAUAGGGAGGAGUCAAGCAACUCCAAGGCCUUCCAACGGAUGCCUGACUGUUUCAACAAGAAAAGUUAAACCAUUUUUUUUUUUUUAAUUAAGCCAUUUUUUUCAUUUUAUAAAAUGCACAUAACAUAUCCACAGAUUUGCACACAAUCAAUCAAUUGACCGAGCACCUUAAUGUUGCCAAAAGGUUUCAGAGACUAAACCGAAGCUCAUUCGUCUUCAUUCUGUCCCAUGCUCAGUUAUUAUAACCAGUCUGACAUGUUGCUGAAAUCAACAAACACUCUCUGGCAGAGGCUCGGGAGCCUGCGUGAUGGGAAGAGAAACGUUAAGCCUCUUUUUAACAAACAAACACACACACACACACACUCACUCAACCCAAACUGCAGUGUGAUUGCCCUGGCUCCUGCCAAUCUCAGACCUGCACUAAUAGCUUUUUUUGGCACCAGUCAGAGUGACCAGGUAUUACAUUUUAGUUUUUCAGAUUAAUCUUUAUCUUUUUAGGCUAGAGAGAUACUAUCUUACAUGCUUUGAAGGGAAACCAGUGGUGUGUACAUUUCAUAUUGUUACUAGACCUUUGAGCUAUAAAUGUGUUUUUUGAAGUACAUGACAUUACAACAUGGUAGUACGAGAUAUGAAUUAUGCCAAUUAUGGAUCUUUGAUCACAGAAUAGUAUUGGGCACUGUAAGAACUGGUUGGCGUAAGGCUUAUUGUAUUAGCGUUGAGGUGUAGUGUACUGAAGCUGACUCUCACAGUGAUUCGGUAUAGAGAGUAUACAGUGUCUGCUUCAUUACCCAGUCAUCUCAAGUUUAGCCUUUUAAACUGUAAUCUAUGUUGAUGUGGUUUAUAUGUGAAAACCAUUUGAGGUGUGUUCCUUGCAGUGAAGCCAACCUGUCCUUGUGCUGACAAGGAUUUAUUUUUUUAUUUUUUUAAGACAGAAAAGGAAACAUGUACAUAUUAUUAUGGUUAAAGUUUUAUGCUGCUUAGAGUAAUAUAUUAUAUUUUUAAAUGUACCCAUGCCUGAGAAUCAUUCUUGAGAUAUUAGAGCUGUAGAAAUAUUGUUCAUAACUGUACUUGAUUUAUAAUAAUUAUUCAUUAAUAAAUUAAAUGUUUUUAUUUUA